CUACUAAACAAAGGUGUCGUCAACCCUUUUAUUAUAUAAAGGUGAAGCGAAAACUGUGUGAGUUUGUUUAAUUUAGUGUUAAAGACCUAAAUCGGGAUUAGACGACGUAGAAAGUGAUGAGUGUUUUUGAAAUGAGUAGUGAUUUUUUGUGUCGUUAGGUUGUAGCAUUGUUGUUUUUAUGGGCGAUGGGUGUAUGAUGAAAACGAUACAGGGAGAUUAUUUACAAUAAAUAGUGGUUUAAUUUGUAGGUUAACCACUGCUUCAUGCUGGGUUUUUCUGAAAAUGAAGCAGCAAAUUUUCCCAAGGAAAUAGUUUUUGCGCCGGAAAUUCGUUUAUCUAUUAGUUUCUGAUAAAUUCGUGAAUAAUAAUGAAGUAGUUAUGCGCGAAAACAAUCCAAAAAUGGUCCCAAUACCCCGGGAAUAUUCCCCAGACUUCUGGUCUUUUGACCCAGAAGAUUCCAUAGAGUUAACAUGUCUGAUGCCUAAUGGAAUUGUAAUUUUACUCAAAGUAUCCUACAAUGCCACUCUAUCAGACAUCAAAGAGGAUCUCUGGGAAGAAGCGGCCAAAUACCCUCUCCAUGGAAAGCUGCAUGACAUGUCGGUGUACGUCUUCACGUGCAUCAAUAGCAUGGCAGAACGUGAAGAACUUCAUGAUGAAUCAAGGAGAAUUUGUGAUGUUAAGCCGACAUGCGCUGUACUGAAAAUCGAGCGCCUGGGGACAGAACCAGAUAAUAAAAUUAAUGUCCAAAUUGGACAUUUGAUUGGGAGAAGUGUGAAAGAAUUUGAUGAACUGAAUAACCCGGAAAUUAAUGAUUUUCGGUUUAAAAUGAGAAAACUGGGUGACGAAAUAGCCGUCAAGCGGGGGAAGUACACCUGGCUGGAAAAACUGUAUUAUCAGUUUCCGCCAAGGCUUUGUCCUAGAAACAAAAAUUUUCCUGAAACCCUAAGUCAGAAGAAAAAUAUCAAAAUUAGCACAAAGUUUGAUGACAAUGAGGUUUCUUUCACGUUUAACGUUUCCCCAUUUAUCAAACCAAACAAACUAUUGGAACUGAUCCUUGCAAAGAAGGCGAACAUUUUAAACAAAAGAAAUGAAAGUUAUCACGAUUACGUUUUGAAAGUGUGUGGGCAGGAUGAGUUUCUGGUAGGAGACCAUCAAAUAAUUCAGUUUCAAUAUAUCCAAGACUCCUUAUCAAAAGAUAUCACUCCAACCGUAGUAACCGUCAGAAUUGAAAAUGUUCCUGUGAUUGUUGAUAAUGAUUAUGAAUGCGUGGAUAAUUUUGAUAAGAAAAUGCGACCGCCGUACUCAACGCUAACCCUGCGUAAAAGAGCCAAGCAUAAGUCUGCUUGGAACAUCGAGAAAAGGUUCAGUGUAAGCCUGAACAUUGUUAGUGGGAUAAAUUGUGAUCUUAGAAAAACCAAUGAGAUUGGGAUUCAGGCGGGACUUUUCCACGGAGGUAAACCUCUUUGUGAAAGACUUAAAGCUUCCAUCCAACCAAUAAAUGACAAGAAUGAAAGUUUAUUUAAUGAGACUUUAGUUUUUGAUAUAUUAGUGUGCAAUAUACCAAGAAAUGCGAAAUUGUGUUUUUGCAUUUAUGAAGUUCCUAAAUCUAGUAAAUUAGUUAGAUCUAAAAAAGGCAAAGAAUACGGAAAUAAUAAGGAGCUGAUCACUCCUAUAGCGUGGGCUAACACAGCUGUUUACGAUUUUAAAAAUCAACUUAAAAAUGGUGCAAUGACUCUGUAUAUGUGGACUUUUGCAAAUGAUAUGUUGUGUGAGGAUAUUUUUAAUCCGUUAGGAAAUGUAGUUAAUAAUCCGAGUAAAAUCGCAACGGCCCUAACUCUUCAUUUAAAUAGUUUCGCUGAAGAUCAAUCUAUCCUUUACCCCACGCCAGAGGUGAUGAUGAGUUAUGCUCAGGGACCUAAAAACCAUGUAAAUAACGGUAUAGAUCAGGGAAACGUGGAACACUGUUAUAAAAUCCUACUGGACGAUACCUUAUACGAGAUCCACGAACAAGAUCGUAAGGAUAUUUGGAUUUUAAAAGAGUAUUGGAAAAGACAUCACCCGGAAGUCUUACCCAAACUUUUAUCAUCAAUCGAUUGGGACACCAAAGAAGUCGUUAGUGAAGUAACACUGCUUUUAAGAGACUGGCCUAAACUUCCCCCAGAAAAGGCACUAGAAUUGUUAGAUUAUGCAUAUCCGGAUCAAAGAGUUCGAAGUUUUGCCGUAGAAUGUCUCGGAAACGUUAGUGACGAGGAUCUAUUGUUGUAUCUUUUACAAUUAGUACAAGCAAUCAAACACGAAAUGUAUUUAGAAUGUGAUUUAGUGAAAUUUUUAAUAAAAAGGGCACUAAAUAAUCAAAAAAUCGGCCACUACCUAUUCUGGCACCUCAAAUCGGAGCUGCAAGUGGCCUCAGUAUCGAUACGCUUUGGAUUAAUUUUAGAAGCUUAUUGCAGAGGCAGUCAAGAGCACAUGCCAGUGUUAUUGAAACAGUUAGAAUUCCUCGAUAAACUGAGGAACAGUAGAGAGCACGUGAAAAAUAAGAGCAAAGAGAAAGCUAAGUUGAAUUUAAAAGACUACUUAACGGAAUGUCAUAUAGAUGAGACUGUACAAUUUAUAAGGAGUCCGUUGGACCCUAGUUAUAGGUGUUCUAGAUUAAAAUUAGAUAAAUGUAGGAUAAUGGAUAGUAAAAUGCGGCCAUUGUGGAUCGUCCUCGAAAAUUCCGAUUCAUAUGGCGAAGACGUGUAUAUAAUUUUUAAAGAUGGCGACGAUUUGCGGCAAGAUAUGCUCACGCUGCAGAUGCUGAAAAUUAUGGAUAGGUUAUGGAAGCGGGAAGGCUUAGAUUUAAGAAUGAAUCCUUACAAUUGCAUAUCCUUAGCUGAUAGAGCUGGUAUGAUCGAAGUAGUAUUAAAUGCGGAAACUAUAGCGAAUAUUCAGAAGGAUAAGGGUGUGUUUUCGGCGACUUCGGCGUUUAGAAAAGGCUCAAUUUUAGCAUGGUUGAAAGACUAUAAUACGACCGAAGCGGCCCUAAACAAAGCCAUAAACGAAUUCACCUUAUCAUGUGCAGGGUAUUGCGUAGCGACGUACGUAUUAGGAGUAGCAGACAGACAUUCGGAUAACAUAAUGGUGAAAAAGUCGGGUCAGUUGUUUCACAUAGAUUUCGGCCACAUUUUGGGUCACUUCAAAGAGAAGUUCGGUAUUAAAAGAGAGAGAGUCCCUUUCGUGCUCACUCACGAUUUCGAAUACGUCAUUAAUAGAGGACAGAAGAACACGUUAGAGUUUAAAAUUUUUCAAGAGUAUUGCGAGAAAGCAUUUUUGAUUUUGAGGAAGCACGGUAACUUAAUUUUGUCGUUGUGUGCGAUGAUGAUUUCUACGGGAUUGCCGGAACUAAGUUCGGAAAAAGAUCUUAAUUAUAUAAGAGACACUUUGGUUUUGUCGAAGUCGGAAGAGGACGCUCUAAAUCACUUUCGUAGUAAAUUCGACGAAGCCCUUUCGAAUUCGUGGAAGACUUCUCUCAAUUGGGCCUCACAUAAUUUAGCAAAGAAUAAUAAAGCAUAAUUUAACGGUUUUAAGUUGCCAAUGAAAGUGCCAAUACCUACUAAUUUAUAAAUUAACAUUAUCAUUAGAGAAUGAAUCAAAUUUUGUACAUAUUGUUGUCGGAUUUAGUUAUAAUGCGAAUUUUAUAUUGGGGUAAUUUUUUAAAGUAGGUCAAGGAAUAUCAGGGAAAUUGGAUUUUCCAAAUUAGUACCUUAGAAUUGAAGCGAAAUGCAUAUAUUUUCGUCGUUUUUUAUUUUUCAUAGAUUAGUUUUUGCGUUAUCUUCGACAACCAUGACAAUAGCAACGCAUUUUGCUUUCAAAUAUGCUUAAGUCACCUGUUUUUAAAAUGGGAAGUUAAAUGCCACUCAAUGCAAAUUUAAGUCGUACGUAAAAUGUCAUUUUAAAAUUUUUAAUUAGGUAUAGUUUUACGGUACAACGCGAUUAUUUUGUUUUCAUUUUCCAGAAAAUUCAUUCAUACCGCUACAUUUUAUUUACGACAUGUACUAUUUUCGUUUAUCUUGGGAAGUUCAUUUACUUUUUGUCAUUGAAUACACAAAAAGCGUUCCAAGAAAAAAGGGAAUAGCGGAUUUAAGUAAAAACGAGUGUUUUUAUUUUAUUUGUAUUACGCUGAUUUAUGUACAAAUAUUUAAGUUUUAUUAUGUGUAAACUGUAUCCAAUAAAAAUGUGUCUUCAUUUA